UUCACACCAGAAUCAAACACACAAACAAAAACCCUCUUCUCAUCUUCAUCAUCUCCUUCUGAGUACACCUUCAACCACCUCUAGACACUGGCAAAGCCAUGGGGCUCCUAAAGGCAAUAUUCAUCGUAGCAACAACCAUGGCUUUGUGCAUCACACUCACAAUGAAGGCCAUCACCCAAGAGGAAUCCAACCCCCCUUUUCUGCACCAUGAUUUUUCCUCCUCCUCAUCAUCAUCAUCAUCAUCAACCACUCGUCAAAACACCAUUCUUCUCCCUUCCAAGAGGGUGAGUCGCUUCCUUGCACAAGUCAAAAACCCUAAUGCUGCUGAUCACUGCCACAAGGACCAUGAGGUGUGCACUUUGGAGGGUGUGAAGAACUCCACGUGUUGCAACAACAAGUGCAUUGAUGUAGGGUACGACAAACACAACUGUGGUGUAUGCAAGAAAAAAUGCAAGUACACAGAGACAUGUUGUAGAGGGCAAUGUGUGGACACCAAUUUCGACAAGAGGCAUUGUGGAGAGUGUAACCAUCGAUGUGAAUUAGGUGAAUAUUGUGUCUAUGGAAUGUGUGGUUAUGCCUAAGGUUCAUCAUCAGCAUGAGUCCCCAAUAGGGUCCUAUGUUCUUAUUACUAUAAGAGGUUUGCCAUUUUAUUAAAACUAUUCAAUAAAGUGAACCACAUUUGUGGUGCUUAUCUAACAAAAUAUAUACCACAACAUAUAUACAUAUAUUAUAUAUAUAUAUAUAUAGUCUUUAUUAUUGCCCCCUCAAUUUCAAUCUUCUAAGUGUUUCCCAUAUAUAUUAUAUCACCACACGUUACAAUGUCAUGCACUGUUUCUCUUGGUUUCUUCCUAUUUAUUGGGUAUAGAGCUAGAUGUACGAGAAUGUAAGAUUAUGGCAUUUGGUUAUAAUUGUGUUAUGGAAAAACAAUUUACUCUUUGAGACUUGAUUAUAGAGGUUGGUUAA